CUGGUGGUGCUGGUGGUGGUGAUGGUGGUGGAGGUGGUGGUGGUGAGCUGCUGCUGGUUCGGAUGGAUGCUGUUGGAACGCACACCGUGGCCCUUGCUGCCCUUCAACCCGCCUUUCAACAGCUGGCGGACUCACUACAAGCAGCAGGCCCCUCGCAUUUCUUCUUCCCCCCUCAAGAUUGGGCGCCGGAUUCGUCUUCUACACAUGCUGCUUCUGCGGGGGGGGCGCCAGCAGCAGCAGCAGCAGCAGCAGGAGGGGGAGGGGGAGGAGGGAGAGUGGGGGAGUCGCAUGUGGGGAGGUUGCGGGCAGUGGAGCAUCAGCACAUACAGCUGUCCCAGUCCCUCCAGUCCCUGGUAUCAGGGCAGGAGGCGGAGAUGUCUGCCUCGCUGCGCUCUGCUGCUCUCUCGGACGCUCAGCUCGCACUUGCCCUGCCCCUCCCCCCGCCCUCCGCCGUCAAGUCUCCCGCUGCUGCCCUGAAAGCAUCCCCACACAGUUUUCCCUCCAAGCUCGCCCCUCCCUCGCCUCUCCCUCCCCCAAAACUGCUCGCCCCACCAUCCCCAUUCGCCCCCAACGGCGCUCCUCCUUCCUCCAUGCCCGCUCAGCACCCCACCUCACCCCUCACUCGCCCGCCCCCCUCGCUGUCCUCGCGGCGGCCCCCCUCCAUUCUCACACCGUGGGUGCUGGCGGGGGAAGCAGCUCUGUCAGCUCUGUCAGUGUCGGCUGCUCUCACCAACACCAGCACUCGCGCUACAUCAGAAGCCUCCUUUGCUCCCAACCCCUGGGCAGACGAGCUGCUAGCAUGUGUCCCAAUCCCAUCCCACCACCGCUCCCUCGCUCUCCCCCCCUCCUCCUCUACCAAUACUCAUUCCGUAACUCCCUCCUCUCACACAAGUGAGGCGGAAUGGCAGCAGCAGCAGCAGCAGCAGAGGGGGCAGUCGCGCUCAUACUCCAGACGAGAUGAGGACGACCAUGGGGGGCAGGCAGGGGAGGAGGAGUGUAAUGAGGGGAAGCGGAGGGAAAGGGAGGAGGAGGGCAAUGACGGCAGCAGCAGAGAGGAGGGGGGUGAUUCGUUUUACCAAGGCAAUAGCAGUCCAAGCAGCACUAGCUGUGGCUCUAGUGCUUUCCCAGCGCCCAUGGUGCCAAGCGAGUUUGGCCACGGCAAGCUGGGAGGCUGCAUGGAAGGUCAGGGGUUCGAAUCCCUGAAUAGGAGGUAUUUGGUGCCGAGCCUGCCUGCGGAGGAUGGCAGUCGCAGAUACAUGGGCGUCGAGAGUAACAACUACACGGGUGGCAGUCACAUGGGGGGUGGCAGUUACGCGGGUGUCGGCAGUAGUAGUAAUCACAUGGGCGAUGGAGCCUGUAUGGGGGAUAGCAGACCGCUGGGAGGAGGAACGAGAGCACAGGCUGAGAAUCACAGGAGGAGGGGUCCGCUGGGUCCGCAAUAUGAGAAUCAUUCACCAGAUCCCGUUUCGAACUGCCUCUCGGACGAUCUUUUUGACUCUAUGACAGGCUACCAGUCAGCUGCUGAUGCGAUGUCAAGCGCUCUGACAGCGGAAGUCACUCCCGAGAAGCCGGUACCACCAGCCCAUCCCGCUGCUUCUGCUUCUGCUGCUGCUGCUGCUGCUGCUUGUGCUGUUGCUGCUGCUCCUGCUGGUGCUGACGACGGUAUUGACGACGGAGAUUCCGCUUACUUCUCAGCUCUUAGCCCAUUCGGCAGUGCAACAUCUGCUUGGUCUGCAGUGUCUGCUGCUCCCAAACAACCAGCAGCGCCAGCAGUAGCACUAGUAAGAACAACAGCAGCAGCAACAACAUCAGUAGCAGGAGCAGCAGCAGCAGCAGGAGCGCCAGUAUUUGACAGUCCCGGUUUGUGUGUGGAGCAGUGGCAGCAGGCACUGAACUACAAGCCGCAGGAUGCAACUUCCCUGCUGGGCAAUGACCUUCUCACUGACGAAGACCAGCGGUUCCUGGACUCCGUCCCUCUCUCUCACUCCCUCUCUCACUCUCACUCUCACUCCGACCACCGCUACUGACUCACCACACCACCACUGACUGACUCCACCGCACCCCACCCGAUUCCACUCCAUUCCACUCCGUUUCGCACACUCUUCCUUCCCAUUGCCUCACCUGCUGCCUCCCACUCAAGCUGAUCACCUAACCUGCUUGCGCUCCCCUGUGCAUUGUCAUUAUGCCCCAUAAUUUCCAUGCAUUUGGGCGUCUCUCUCUCACCCCAUCCACGAGGCCUUCUGUUGCCAAAUGCUGAAGGCGAAAAAUCGCCAGAACUGCCUUGGAUAGCACGACCUCAAGUCCCAGCGUCGGUUUUAGGUACAUUGGAUGUAGCUUUUGUUGCCUUGCCUACUCAACUCGAGCACCAAGUCUUAAGUUCAAGGUGCAAGACUUGGGGGUUAGGGCGAGCCUCAUUUGUUCAUUGACAGGGAAAGCUCUGUAACUGCUACCCCUGGACCUGACAGGCAGGCGUGCAAAACAAUGACGAUGAUCCGUAACAAUUCAGAGAAGUACAAGCAACAUUCCCAUCCCUAUUAAGCAGGCCCCAAGAUAGGUUUUUCGGCACGUUGAUACUGUCAGCAAUAAAUAUUUAAACAGAUU